GCGAUGUCUUUCUUGCGUGCUGCGUUUGCGUGUACCACGGGUCUCUUAUCCCGAGGAUCGCCCUUUGCCUUUGCGCACCCGCCGGCCAUGAUGUCCAUGCAAGUGCGGGACAUGGGCUACAAGCUCAAGACCAAGUCGGCCGUGAAGAAGCGCUUCUUUGUGAACGCCAACGGCCACAUCAAGCGCGGCCAAGCGGGCAAGCGCCACUUGGCUACGGACAAGAGCCGUCAACGCAUCCGACGAUUGGGCAAAGCUGCCACGGUCACGGGCCAAAUCAGGAAGAACAUUCUCGCCAUGUUGCGCCGUUAACUAUGUAGUGUAUCCUCCUCAUUCCUACACUACAACCACCAUUGCCAAACUCGCCAGUAGCAUCACCAUGAUCUCUCGGAUCCCUCCAGCAACGUUCUUGGACGGGCUGCAGCUGCUAGUCUCUGUCGUGAUCGUCGCGCCAGACUGCCCAUCAAUGGUGGAAGGAACCUUGUCACUCUCGGAGGUGGCCGUGACUUGAUCGGUGGUGGCGGUGGCACCAGCAGCUGUAUUUUGGCUGUUGCUUCCAUUUCCGAGCUGGGACGCUGCACCAGCAGUAGUGACAGGUGACGAUGUCGUCAGGGCCGACGACUGCAGUGUCGUAGCUGGAGAUUGAAAUUUCGGGGAGGUGGGGCUCACAGUUGUGCUGAUCACAAUACGUGUGGUAGUAGUUCCUGGGCGUGGUGUAAUUGUCGAUUGCAGAGGUGGCGGCGACGUUAGGCCACUUGUUGUCUGUGGUAAAGUAGGGCUGACAAUAAUCAUGGCGGGGGUUGACGGGGGGACAAGUUUGAAUGGGGCGGUGCUUGAGGGAGGUGGGUUAGUAGGAAGGGGUACGGCGUAGUCGGCUGUAGUGACGUUGGCACCCCCUGGACACGUCCAUCGCUUCACAGUCGUGUCGGGCUCUUCGUACUCGAGCACACACUGGGUCAAGCACUCCGGAGGCGCCACCAAGUUCCCGUGGCGCUGGCCACAGCACAACACCAGCGCCGGCGCGUCGUCACUCAUGCGAACGUAUGAGCAUGAAGCCAAGUCGGGAAGGAUGGGGGGCAUCGGAAGCGGAUCGAACAACUGCGCGUGAGUGUAAGACACCAGCUUCAGGAGAACAACCACACUUAACAUGGCUC